AUGAAGAUCAGUCCGAUUGCCUUGACGGCAGCCUCUGCCUCCGUGGCAUUGGCUCAACCACAUAUCCACGCCCAUCGACACUUGCACGAACACAAGCAACGUGAUGUCACAAUGACCAGUUGGGCUCCAGGUCCUACUGCCUAUGUUUACGUUCUCAAUGGCAAGGAAAUCAGCGCCGAGGAAGUGUGUGAAGGUCUCAAGAGCAACGAAUUGAAAUUUGUGGAUGGACAGGAUCCUGGUGUCUGUUCGACCACUUCCACCAGCAUAGCUCCCGCGACCACCAGCGAACCCUCUUCAACCUGGACUCCUGAGUCGACCACGACAACCUCUUCGGCUGCAGAAUCAUUGUCCCAGCCGGCCGAAUUCUACCAGGCCCCAGCUUCGUCCUCUUGGUCUAGCCCAAGCGAGUCUGCCAGCUCCAGCUGGGCUUCCCCUCAAUCUUCUGCCUCCUCCGUCUCUUCUGGUGGCACCGGUCUCGAUGCUCCUUUCCCUGAUGGCGAGCUUUCUUGCAGUGAAUUUCCCUCUGAUUAUGGUGCCAUUCCACUUGAUUACCUCGGAAUGGCUGGUUGGUCGGGCUUGCAAUCAGUCACCAUUGCCGGUGGCGCCGUCACUCACAUCGUGACUGGUAUUUCUGGCGAUUCCUGCGAGGACGGAAUGAUGUGUUCCUAUGCUUGCCCUCCAGGUUACCAAAAAUCUCAAUGGCCUUCGACUCAAGGUUCCACGGGUCAAUCCGUCGGCGGCUUGUCCUGCAGCGGUGGAAAACUCCAUUUGACAAAUCCUGACCUUUCCACUAGUCUUUGCAUCCCUGGCGUUGGUGGUGUUCAAGCAAACAACAAGGCGAGCGGUGUCGUUGCCAUCUGCCGUACCGACUACCCUGGUACGGAAUCCGAAACUAUUCCCGUUGAACUUCAACCCGGUGAGACGGAGGAUUUGACUGUUCCUGACGCCGCCACAUAUUAUACAUGGCAAGGCCAAUCAACAUCUGCUCAAUACUAUCUCAACCCUGUUGGAUAUCCCGCUUCGAAAGCUUGCCAGUGGGGUACUCCUGGACAACCCUUGGGCAACUACGCUCCUAUCAACUUCGGUGUUGGAGCCAAGGAUGGUAUUACAUGGCUCUCAAUUUUCCAAAACCAACCUACCACCUUUGCUCAAUAUGAAGGUACUGUCGAGCUGACUGGAAAUCUGUCCGGAACUUGCAAGUACUCAAAUGGACAAUAUUGCGGCGUCACUGGAUGCAACUCGCAAGGAUGCACUGUCUCUGUCAUCUCUGGCACGGCCACCUACGUUAUCUCUGACUAG